GGUAGAUAAUGAAAUAGAUUAACUGAAAGACAUAUGGGGCCACCGCCUCGAAACUGAAAUCGAUCCGGAUGGAUGAAGGAGGAAGACAAUGGGAAUGAAAUAUUGAAUUGACAAAACUGAAAGAAGAUUCUGGGAAAACCAAAUACGAUGAGAGAGAAACUCUCACAUCUCUCUAAAAUUCUAUCCACCUAAUCUGGGAAAUGGAUUGCCGACAGCAACAUACUCUACGCCGGAAUCCAAACUAUCAUCAUCCUUUUCAUCAUUCUGGCCAUCAUUUUGUGCACUAUGACCAAUCUCCUCCACGGUUUCAGAGUUUAGUUCAACUUCGUCCGAGAUUCAUACGAGCACGUCAGAGGACACAACUGCUUCCGGAAUACUAUACAAAAUACGAACACCCUCAGAUUUGGAAGGCAACAGAAGAGUAUGACAUAGGUGCUCUUUUAUAUCACCGAUAAUACCCACACUCCAAUAAAAAUUGGCAUCAGCCGAAGCUCACAGGCCGAUUUCGAACACCAUCCAACUACGACACGGACAGGCUUCACUGGCACCCACCGAAACUCACAACUCGAUUCCAAGGGCCGUCACAGGACACGGAGGAUCCGGAUUCAUGGUCCACCGUCCAUCACAAAAGUCAAUGCCGUCGUUCCAUUCUACAUCUCCAUCAGCGCAUCAGGGCAAACAUCCGGCGGUCAUCAGGUACAUCUAAUUGUUUCUCCCUAUUAGUUCAGGAAGACGAUUCAUCAAACCUUCCCCUACAUCCACAACAGACCUCCCAAGGUUUCUUGAACACACGGUCUCGUGGAAUUCCUACAAUUAAGUUUGAUAAUCCAAUCCGGAAAAGGAACCACGUUAGACCCCUGAUUGGAAAAUCAAUUAAUCUAGAUGACGGCAGAAUCCUUGUGCGAAACCUAGUAUACCCAUCGCAGACCAAAAUAACUGGUAGGGAUGUUACCGAUACUCAAAAAAUCAAGACAUCAGAAAGGAAGGAGCCUAUUUCGCAGGGGGCAUUUGACAAAAAUAAGACCGAUUUGAUAGUGCCGGUUUUUGCUAGGAAAGUUUCUGCGCAGGGUCAAGGUUGCACACCAGCUCACGACGGAGUAGAUGAUUCGCCGGAAAGAGACGCUAAUCAAUUAGUAGCUUCGCAGGGCCUGUCAAUACGGCCAGACAACCUGUUAAGCAUGCAGAGUACUUCGACUGGUGCUGUUAGAAGACUAACUUGGGCAGAAAUUGUGCGGUGGGAAGGGAACGAGAGUGGAGCCCAAGCAUCUACAUCUGCAAUCCUGAAAGAUGAUAAUAUCACCGCAGACAAGAGAAGCGCAGACAAUGACAUGGACGGGUCUGAAAUUGUCGCCAGGGUUAAUCUAACUUCCAACACUCUUCCCUCAAGGCAUGCUGUAAUUUCCCUCAAUGAAAGACCAAGCAAGUCCGGAGUAAAUACUCCUAGUUACUCUACGCUAUUGCUCAUGACAGAAAUAAAUCAGGCUAAUAAGGAUGCUCAAACCUUCAAUGUGGGUGAUAAAUUAUCCUUUGAAUUAAUUCAGGCACCCACGGAUGUUUCGGCCAGAGAAACGGAAUCUUUUCACUUCGUUGGAGAGGAGGGCUUUGAUUUUGUCAAAAUUGAAUCAAAAUCCUUUAGAUUUGAGGACAGACAGAAUGAAAUAGUCAUAUUUGAAAUUAAAAAAUCCUCAAUGCACAUGAUUAAUUUCAAAAAAGAGCAAGCGCCCGACAUCUACAGAUUUAUAACUCAGAUCACCAUAUCAGAUAAUUUUAGGGAAAGAAGAAGAUUUGGCUCUAUCACAGUCUCAUCAAAUUUCAACAAUUCAGGCCGAUAUCUGAAAAUUGCUAAGGAAAAGGGGAGCUUCAUUCUAAUUCCCGUGGGCCCAAAGAACUCUUAUAUAAAAAAAUUUAUGGCAAUAUUCUCAAAUUUUGUUGGACUGACUACUUUGGUGUAGGAGAUAGCAAUGGAUUGCCUACAACAAACCGAAUUAGUUACAGAGGAGCAAACAUCUAUCUCGAAACUAAUUUUUUAUUUCCAAAUUCAGGGAGCGUACUCAGAGAUACAAAAGUCUCCAGCUCCAAUAGAACGGCUCAUGCUUGUUCAGGCUUAUUCAGAUGCUUCAGACAACUUUUAUCAAUCAGAUGAUUCUUCGUUCAUGGAUGACUUUCUGGGACAUGCCACCGAAAGUGAUCGUCGUCCCCCUAUCUCAACUCCAGGAGAAAUUAGGAAAUCAAAAUUCAACAGAGCAAUCUGCAGGAAAUCAAAGUUUGUUACCUCAGAAAAUUGCCUGCCAACAGAAAAUUUAAACACGUAACUAAAAAUCUACACGAAAGCUCAAAAGAAUAAAAGGCGGCACAACAUGACUACUAGGUCUCAGUCAAGAGAAUUUCCUUGGGUGUAGUUUUAGUCUUUUCUUUCUUUGUAUUGUUGAAUUUGCUUUAUUUUUCUUUCUCUGUUAUCUUUCUUUGUACUGUUUACUUUUUAUUCAAUAAAAUUCUCUUUUCUUUAAAA